CAGACAGGGGCUUGCAGCUGCAGCUGUAGGCAAUCCUGGCCACCAUUAACGGCAGCAGGACAUCCCAGGCCCAGCCCCUGGGGCUCUGACCCAACACCCCUCACCAUUGCCGUAUCUCCGGAUGCUCUUCCAGCUCGACAUGCUGUGGGGUGGCCUCCUCCUCAUGGUUGCCACCAUGUCUGUGGCUCAACAAACAAGGCAGGAGGCGGAUGGCGACCGAGAGACACUUGUAGUCCAGCACGGCCACUGUCGCUACACCUUCUUGCUGCCCAAGUCCGAGCCCUGCCCUCCAGGGCCUGAGCCCUCUGGGGACUUCAGCAGUUUCCAGAGGGACCCCCUGGCCACCCCACUGCACCCAGGGAAGUUACCCACCCAACGGGUGAAACGGCUGGAGCAGGCGCUGCAGAACAACACGCAGUGGCUGGAGAAGCUAGAGAGGACCAUCAAGAUGCACUUGAGGUUGGAGCUGGUGGAAGCCCAGCAGCAAAUGGUCCACAAUCAGACGGCCCCCCUGCUGAAGCUGGACAUCAGCUUCCUGAACCAGACCACUGCCCAGACCCGCAAGCUGACGGACAUGGAGGCUCAGUUCCUGAGCCAGGCAUCAAGAAUGGACACCCAGAUGCUGAAGACCCUCCUGUCCACUGACAAGCUGGAGAAACAGCUGCUGCUGCAGAGGCAGAAGCUCCAGCAGCUUCAGGGCCAAAACAGCACGCUAGAGGCGCGGUUGCGGGCCCUGGAAAUGAAGCAGCAGGAGGAGCUGGCCAGCCUCCUCAGCAAGAAGGAGCAGCUGCUGAAUGCGCUGAGCCGCCAGAGCGCUGCCCUCACCAACAUCGAGCUCGGCCUGCAAGGUCUCAGGCACAACUCCAGCCUCCUGCAGGAACAGCAGCACCAACUGCGCCAGCAGCUGGUGGUGUGGCGGAACCGGAUGCAAGAAAGGGCUAAGGCCUUGGCCCCGGCCUUCAUAAUGACAGGUGAACAGGUGUUCCAGGACUGUGCAGAGAUCCAGCGCUCUGGGGCCAAUGCCAGUGAUGUCUACACCAUUCAGGUGUCCAAUGCAGCGAAGCCCAGGAAGGUGUUCUGUGACCUGCAGAGCAGUGGAGGCAGGUGGACCAUCAUCCAGCGCCGUGAGAAUGGCACUGUGAAUUUCCAGCGGAACUGGAAGGAUUACAAACAGGGCUUCGGAGAUCCGGCUGGGGAGCACUGGCUUGGCAAUGAGGUGGUGUACCAGCUCACCAGCAGGGCACCCUACUCUCUGCGCGUGGAGCUGCAAGACUGGGAAGGCCACAAGACCUAUGCCCAGUACGAGCAUUUCCAGCUGGGCAGUGAGGGCCAGCUAUACAGGCUUUCUCUGGGCGGGUACCACGGCUCAGCAGGGCGCCGAAGCAGCAUGGUUCUGCAAAACACCAGCUUUAGCACCUUUGACUCAGACAACGAUAACUGCCUCUGCAAGUGUGCCCAGGUGAUGUCUGGAGGGUGGUGGUUUGAUGCCUGUGGCCUGUCAAACCUCAAUGGCAUCUACUACCGUGCUCCCAAUAACAAGCACAAGAUGGACGGCAUCCGCUGGCACUACUUCAAGGGCCCCAGCUACUCACUGCGUGCCUCCCGCCUGAUGAUACGGCCCUCAGGCAUCUAACGAGCAGCCAUGCCAGAGGCCGGACCACGUGUGAGGAGCUCGGACUUGGCACUCCUGGACAACCUGGACCCAGAUGCAGGACACUGUGCCACCAUCUUCCUUGACACCCGGGGUCUCCUGAGCCAACCCUCCUUCCCUCAGAAGUCCGGAAGGGUCAUCUGCCUCCCUACUCCCCUCCGUGUGUGACAUGGAGGGUGUUCGGGGACCCAUCCCUCUGAUGUAGGCCUUGCUCCUCUUCUCUCCCACCUCCUGCAGGGGCUCUCUGCUACCUAGAGGGUCACAAUACCUUGAAUGGGCUGAGAACAGACCACACUUGGCCCCUCAAAGGAAUACAUGACCAAUGGUGGGUUUGCAGGCAGGUGGGAAGGAAUUCGCACAGUGGAAACUGCCUGAAGAGCCCAGGUUCCAUCCCUGGGGUUGGCAAGAAGACCAUCUCCCGGCCGGGCGCGGUGGCUCACGCCUGUAAUCCCAGCACUUUGGGAGGCCGAGGCAGGUGGAUCACGAGGUCGAGAGAUCAAGACCAUCCUGGUCAACAUGGUGAAACCCCGUCUCUACUAAAAAUACAAAAAAUUAGCUGGGCAUGGUGGCGCGUGCCUGUAAUCCCAGCUACUUAGGAGGCUG